UUCUAAAGAUGGCAGAAGCUUAUCAAGCAGUAGCUUUUCAAUUUACAGUAACUCCAGAUGGGAUCGACCUGCGAAUGAGCCAUGAGGCACUCAAACAAAUUUGCCUAUCUGGUGUUCAUUCAUGGAAGAAAAAGUUCAUCAGAUUCAAGAAUGGAAUUAUCACCGGUGUUUUCCCUGCUAGCCCAUCUAGCUGGUUUAUUGUACUUGUGGGUGUGAUGUCAACAAUGUAUGCCAAAAUUGAUCCUUCUUUAGGAUUAAUAGCUAAAAUCAACCGAACACUUGACACAACUGGCUAUAUGUCAAACCAAACACAAAACAUCGUGAGUGGAAUACUUUUUGGCACAGGGCUUUGGGUUGCCCUUAUUGUCACAAUGCGCUACUCUCUCAAAAUGCUGCUUUCCUAUCACGGUUGGAUAUUUGCUGAACAUGGCAAACUUUCUGCAGGCACCAAGAUUUGGAUGACACUUGUAAAACUCUUCUCGGGACGUAAACCCAUGUUGUACAGUUUCCAGGCAUCUUUACCCCGAUUGCCAGUUCCAGCUGUUACAGACACAGUCAAUAGGUAUCUGGAAUCAGUUCGGCCACUUAUGGAUGAUGAAGAGUUCAGAAGAAUGGAGGGUCUUGCCAAAGAUUUUGCAUUUAAUUUGGGACCAAGGCUUCAGUGGUAUUUGAAGCUAAAAUCCUGGUGGGCCACAAACUAUGUUAGUGAUUGGUGGGAAGAAUAUGUCUACCUUAGAGGACGUGGACCAAUAAUGGUUAAUAGUAACUAUUUUGCAAUGGACUUCCUUUAUUUAUGUCCCACAACCUUGCAGGCAGCUAGAGCUGGUAAUGUUAUCCAUGCCAUCUUGCUCUAUCGGAAAAAACUGGACAGACAAGAAAUCAAGCCAAUUCUUCUGAUGGGAUCUACUGUUCCACUCUGCUCAGCUCAGUGGGAACGGAUGUUUAAUACCUCCCGUAUCCCAGGAGAGGAAUCAGAUACUCUCCAGCACGUGAAAGACAGCAAACACAUUGUUGUGUAUCAUAAGGGCCGUUACUUCAAAGUAUGGCUGUACCAUGAUGGUAGAUUGUUGAAACCCCGAGAAAUUGAACAGCAGAUGCAAAGAAUUCUUGAUGAUGGUUCAGAGCCUCAGGCUGGUGAAGAGAAACUAGCAGCUCUUACUGCAGGAGAUAGAGUACCAUGGGCUAAAGCUCGACAGGCUUAUUUUACCCAUGGAAAGAACAAACAGUCCUUAGAUGCUAUUGAAAAGGCAGCAUUUUUUGUGACAUUAGAUGACAACAAGCGAGGGUAUAUGGAAGAAGACCCAGUAAAGUCACUGGAUUUAUAUGCAAAAUCCCUAAUACAUGGCAGAUGUUAUGACAGGUGGUUUGAUAAAUCAUUCACUCUUAUAAUAUUCAAAAAUGGCAAAAUGGGUCUGAAUGCAGAGCACUCAUGGGCAGAUGCUCCUAUUGUUGGACACCUCUGGGAGAAUGUAAUGGCAACUGAGUAUCUUGAACUGGGCUAUUCAGAAGAUGGGCAUUGCAAAGGAGAUACCAAUCAAAAUAUUCCUGUUCCUACCAAACUGCAGUGGGAAAUUCCAGAAGAAUGUCAAGAAAUGAUUGAGAGGUCUCUGAGCACUGCCGUAGCUCUGGCAGAUGAUGUGGACUUCAGUUCAUUUUACUUUGAUACUUUUGGAAAGGGACUAAUAAAGAAAGCAAAAACCAGCCCUGAUGCCUUCGUGCAACUUGCCCUGCAGCUUGCUCACUAUCGGGACAUGGGAAAAUUUUCUUUAACAUAUGAAGCCUCUAUGACACGCUUGUUCAGAGAAGGCAGGACUGAAACUGUUCGUUCAUGUACUGUUGAAUCGUGUAACUUUGUUCGGACCAUGGAAGACCCAACUGAAAGUAAUGAAAAUAAGCUGAAGGUCUUCCGGCUUGCUGCUGCCAAACAUCAGCACUUAUAUCGUCUCGCCAUGACUGGUUCUGGCAUUGACCGCCAUCUCUUCUGUCUUUAUGUUGUCUCCAAGUACCUGGCUGUAGAUUCUCCUUUCCUUAAGGAAGUUUUGUCAGAACCUUGGCGGUUGUCAACGAGUCAGACACCACAGCAACACAUUGAUUUAAAGAAGAAUCCUGAAAUGUUAUCGUGUGGUGGAGGAUUUGGACCGGUGGCUGAUGAUGGUUAUGGUGUUUCUUAUAUUAUCAUGGGUGAAGCCUCCAUCCAUUUUCAUGUCUCCAGCAAAAUAUCUUGUUCUAAGACGGAUUCUCAUCGUUUUGGGAAAAACAUCAUGAAAGCAAUGGUUGACAUCAUGGGUUUAUUUAACCUUAUUAAAAACUGCAACAAGUGAUUUGCCUUACUGGUACCAAGCAACCUCCUGUUGUGGGAUGCAAACUCUUCUGCACAGUGAACGAGAGCAAGGUUUGUCAAACAGGAGCUGGUGAAGAAACUGAGUCAGCAUCUUCUUGAUCACCUGUGAAAACCUUAGCAGUGUAUUGAAUGUUUCAUUUUUAUUUUUUUUUUCAGUAGUUUGGAAGAGUUUGUUCCACAAAGGAUGGCUUUUGAAAUCUUGUCUGUU